AUGAGUGACCGGCGUAGUGCGGCGUCUGAUUUCAGAGUUUACGAUGUCGGUGGGCAGAGGUCGGAGCGACGAAAAUGGAUUCAUUGUUUUGAUAACGUCAACGCAGUCAUUUAUGUGGCGGCGAUAAGUGAAUAUGAUCAAGUUCUCAAGGAAGACAACAAGACGAAGGAUUUAUUUGCCAAGAAAAUACAAAGCGUAUCGCUAAAAAGAAUUCAUCCAAAUUCGCACAUUAAUUUCGUACCUGCUCAUUUAAAGCUUUUCAGAUAUAUUCAUGAAACAUGUGCGACGGACACGAAUCAGGUGCAGGUAGUGAUCAAUUCUGUCAUCGAUACGAUCAUACAGGAGAAUCUCAGGAACACAGGAAUGCUAUGA